AUGGUCGUCAAUCUCAUCGGAUCUUCUUGGCUCCGGCAGCUCUCCGACGCCGGCUUUGAACAAGUCGCCUCUCGUCGGAACCAGACACUUCUCUGGAGUGUUGUAAUCGUAUUCUGGAUGUUUUUCGUCGGAUGUUGUGUGCAGGGAAAGGUUUCCGAGCACAAAUCCGCUGCGAAUCUAUACUGGAUCUCUACCAUAGGAUCCACCUGUGAACGCCUUUUAUGGGACAGUGGUUAUCGCCUCGUUCCUCGACGGAAUCGAUCUGAUUCCAUUCUCAUCAUGUCAGAGAGUAAGGAUUUGAUUUCAAUGGAAUCAAAUUCACGAGAUUUGGGAGCGGAGGAUUGGAGAAUAUCAGGAUUUACUGGAUUAUCGGGAUCACAGAUCAAUCAGGGGAACUCGAAAGAUUGGCUUUCCAAUUUGGUGUUUAAUCACACCAAUCCCUCUCAUUCCGUGAUUGAGGUGAUUCCCAGUGAUUUCAAUCAAGGAGGAUUGAUGAGAGGAGUGAUUCGAGGAUCAAAGAUGAAUCAAUUAUUUCCUUCCAAACGAUUACAUAAAGGGAGAUUGGGCUCUUACUUCUGUCCUCACAGUGUCCUCAAAUUUCCUCUUUCUUCGAAAACAGAGAAGCCUAAUCUCUUUUCCCAGACUUGA